CCUUCUGUGGGCUCUUAAGUCACGUGACGAUAUCUAGAACCAAAAUGGCCGCUAUUGUAUUUUGACGUAUAAUAGCUAGCUACUUUUCUUUUUGUUUCAUUCUUGGUAGAAAACAAACAAACCAGAGGCUUUUUGGGGGAACUGUAUCUUGCCACCCUCCGUAUACUGGUGUCCUAGUUUUUAUCUUGAAGACAAUCAAGACUGACACAUAUUCGUUGAACGAGUUAGACUAUGCAUAUUUAGUUCUAAUAUAGGCUAGCUAGCUGGCUCUGGCUGGCACACAGUAAAGCAGUUGAUAGUGAAAUAGCUAGUUAACUUAGCUGCGAUGGAGGAAUUGAGCGCAGAUGAGAUUCGCAGAAGGCGACUGGCGCGACUGGCAGGGGGACAGACUUCACAGCCCAAUACCCCUCUCAGCACACCCCUGACAUCCCCACAGAGAGAGACUCCACCCGGACCCCUUCAUGGACCCUCAGGCGCCCCACCCCAGCCCCUUCCACCAGCUGCCUCCCAAUCAUUGGGGCUCAGUGUCCACAAUGGUACCCCUGCCACAUCCCCUAUGGGCACCUCUGGGGUUGCAUAUGGUAGUCAGAGCAGCGAGGGUGUCAGUUCCCUGUCCAGCUCCCCCUCAAACAGCCUUGAGACCCAGUCCCAGAGUUUGUCCCGAUCGCAGAGCAUGGACAUUGACACUGCCUCCUGUGAUAAGAGCAUGUCCCAGGUGGAUGUGGACUCAGGGAUAGAGAACAUGGAGGUGGAGGACAGCGAUCGGAGAGAGAAGAGGAAUUUGACUGAAAAGGAAACCUCUUCAAACUCAGAUGUCUCUGAAGAACAGGCUCUGCAGCUCAUCUCUAAGAUCCUCCGCGUAUCGUGGAAGGAGCAGGAUAGAGAUGUCAUCUUUCUCCCUUCUCUGGCUGCAGAGUUCCACCAGAAUCCUAAAGAUGCAUACUCUGACUUCAAAGACCUGAUCGGACAGAUCCUGAUGGAAGUCUUAAUGAUGUCCACCCAGUCACGUGUCCACAACCCCUUUGCCAGCUUGACCGCCACCUCUCAGCCAAUUGCAGCAGCCAAAUCUCCCGACCAUCGUCUGACGCUGGUGCAGCCCUCCAGCCUAGGUGGCAGUCCCAUGGGCCCUAGUGCAGGGUCCUUUGGAGCCAGCUCUCUGUCUAGUCUGUAUGGGUGUGGUAGUCCUCACCCAAUGGCUUUGGAUGCGGCAAAGAGGACUUCUCCGUCUCUCCCCACCCCUACUACACCUUCUGCACCUUCUACACCCUCUACCCCACAAUUCAUUGUUCCGCCCAGCCCACCCGUUACUGCUACUCCAAGACACCCCCUCAACCCACCAUCUGCCCCCAUGCCCAUCUCCCAACGCUAUCGGCCUUACUCUGUCGCCUCUCCCUGGGGGGCUCCUUCCCCAUCUAGCUCGGGUCACAGAGGAUUGGGUAUCUUUGGACCCACUCCUAGCUCUGCAGGGCCCUCUGUCCCUCCCAACACCCCAGUUCCUGUGCCACCACCCAGCCCCCAGUCCCUCUCUUUGAGCUCACCUAGGGCUCGCAACCUACCCUCCUCUACACCACCUCUCAUGGUGCCCCCUUCUCUCAGAUCAAAUACCCGACAGACCGCCUUUGGAUCCAGGAUCCCACCGUCUAGCCCCUUGUCGUUCCUGUUCUUUGCCCUAUCUGACAUGUCUCAGGACAGCAGUGACGAAGAUUCUGAGGAGGAGGAGGAUUUUGCGCGGGUUCAGUUUGGGUCCAGUCUUGGUGCAUGUGGAGGAGGGAUGUCCUGCGAUUCACCCAGUGACCGCUUCACCAUUGAAGCAUGCAAAGAGACAGAGAUGCUGAACUACCUCAUUGAGCGUUUUGACAGUGUUGGCAUGGAGGAGAGGAAAGCUCCCAAGAUGUGCAGCCAACCAAAUGUCAGCCAGCUUCUCAGCAACAUUCGCUCUCAGUGUAUUUCUCAUGUUGCUCUGGUCCUGCAAGGCACCAUGACCCAGCCUCGAAGCCCUCUCCAGCAGUCUCUGCUGGUACCUUAUAUGCUGUGUCGGAACCUUCCAUAUGGCUUUAUUCAGGAGCUGGCACGCAUUACCCACCAGGAGGAAGAAGUGUUCAGACAGAUCUUCAUUCCCAUCCUCCAUGGGCUGGCUCUUGCAGUUAAAGAAUGUUCUUUUGACAGUGACAACUUUAAAUUCCCCCUCAUGGCAUUAGCUGAGCUUUGUGAAAUCAAGUUUGGAAAGACUCACCCAGUGUGCAAUUUGGUAACGUCGCUCCCUCUAUGGUGUCCCAAACCUCUUAGCCCUGGUUGUGGCAGAGAGAUCCAGAGACUGUCCUACCUGGGAGCCUUCUUCAGCCUCUCUGUGUUUGCUGAGGAUGAUACCAAAGUAGGAGACAAAUAUUUCUCAGGCCCAGCCAUCACCAUGGAGAACACGAGAGUUGUCAGCCAGUCAUUGCAGCACUACCUGGAGUCAGCAAGGGGUGACCUGUUCAAAGUUCUCCAUAAUAUCCUACUAAAUGGAGAGACACGCGAGUUAGCUCUUAAUUACAUGGCAGCUUUAGUCAACUACAAUGUGAAAAAAGCCCAGAUGCAGACUGAUGACAAGCUGGUGUCUACAGACGGUUUCAUGCUCAACUUCUUAUGGGUGCUGCAACAGCUGAGCAUGAAGAUCAAGCUGGAGACAGUGGACCCUUAUUACAUUUUCCAUCCACGCUGUCGUCUUGUUGUCAGCCUAGAGGAAACGCGUCUAAAGGCCACUAUGGAGGAGCUCAAGAGCUGGCUGACGGAACUGCAUGAAGACCUCACCAAGUUCUCAGAACCCAAGUUCCCCACUGAGUGUUUCUUCUUUACGCUGCACACCCACCAUUUGUCCAUCCUGCCUGGCUGCAGGCGUUACAUCCGUAGGUUGCGAGCCAUCCGUGAACUGAAUAGGACUGUAGAGGAGCUGAAGAACAGUGAAAGCCAAUGGAAAGAUUCUCCCCUGGCCAGUCGACACAGGGAGAUGCUCAAGCGAUGCAAAACCCAGCUCAAGAAACUGGUGCGAGCCAAAGCUUGUGCUGAUGUGGGCCUUCUGGAUGAGAACCUGCUCCGCAGAUGUCUGCAGUUCUACAGUACAGUCAUUCAGCUCAUUCUCCGCAUGGUGGACCCUUCCUACCCCAACAUUACCCUGCCACUGAAUCCUGAGAUUCCCAAAAGCUUUGCUGCUCUCCCCGAGUUCUACAUUGAAGAUGUGGCCGAGUUUCUGCUUUUUGUCGUGCAGUAUUCUCCCCAGGUUUUAUAUGAGCCGUGCGUCCAGGACAUUGUCACCUUCUUGGUAGUGUUCAUCUGCAGCCAGAACUACAUCAGGAACCCCUACCUUAUUGCCAAGUUGGUGGAGGUGCUGUUUGUCACCAACCCAGCUGUACAGCCUCGUACUCAGCGAUUUUCUGAAAUGAUGGAGAACCACCCGUUGUCCAUCAAACAGCUAGUCCCCGCCCUGAUGAAGUUCUACACUGAUGUGGAGCAUACCGGCGCCACCAGCGAGUUCUAUGAUAAGUUCACUAUACGGUACCAUAUCAGCACUAUUUUCAAGAGUCUCUGGCAGAAUAUUGCCCACCAUGGCACCUUCAUGGAGGAGUUCAACUCUGGCAAGCAGUUUGUGCGCUACAUCAACAUGCUGAUUAAUGACACCACCUUCUUGUUAGACGAGAGCCUUGAGUCCCUGAAGCGUAUCCACGAAGUUCAAGAAGAGAUGAAGAACAAGGAGCACUGGGAGCAGCUACCUAGGGAGCAGCAGCAGAGCCGCCAGUCCCAGCUGACUCAGGAUGAGCGGGUGUCUCGCUCCUAUCUGGCCUUGGCCACAGAGACGGUUGAAAUGUUCCACAUCCUCACCAAGCAGGUCCAGAAGCCUUUCCUCAGGCCUGAGCUGGGGCCUCGUUUAGCUGCCAUGCUGAACUUUAACCUACAGCAGCUCUGUGGGCCCAAGUGUCGAGACCUGAAGGUGGAGAACCCCGAGAAGUAUGGCUUUGAGCCCAAGAAGCUCUUAGACCAGCUGACGGACAUCUACCUGCAGCUAGACUGUGCCCGCUUUGCUAAAGCAAUUGCAGACGACCAGCGGUCGUACAGCCGUGAGCUCUUUGAAGAAGUGAUCUCAAAAAUGAGGAAGGCUGGAAUUAAGUCCUCCAUCGCCAUUGAAAAAUUCAAACUGUUGUCGGAGAAGGUGGAGGAAAUAGUCGCCAAGAACUCCCAGUCUGAAAUGGACUACAGCGAUGCACCUGACGAGUUCAAAGACCCUCUGAUGGACACACUGAUGACUGACCCUGUGAUCCUGCCUUCGGGGAACAUCAUGGACCGUUCCACCAUCCUACGCCAUCUGCUCAACUCCCCCACUGAUCCCUUCAAUAGGCAGCCACUCACAGAGAGCAUGCUGGAAUCAGUCCCUGAGCUGAAGGAGAGGAUCCAUGCCUGGAUGAGAGAGAAGCAGGGUGGUCGGCCUGUCUAAGGAUCACAUGUUGCCAGCGUCUGGCCUGCUAACCAUCAUUAAGGGAUCUGUCCAAAUCGCCUGAAUUCAGUGUCACUACUACCAAUGAGAACAAAAAACAUUUUGAAUGGGGGGGGACGGGGAGGAGACCUGAUUUGAAUUUUUUUUUAUUUGCAUUUACCCUUUCUGUCUCAAACCAUUAUCAUGGUUCUAAAAACAAAACAUAAUAAAGUUAAGACUUUUAAGUUUUUUCUCAUGAGUUUGUGUAUAUAUAUAUCAAAAUAUAUACAUAUAUUUAACAAAAGUUAGUUAAUGCAUUAUGAUGCCGCAAGAAUAAGUUUCCACCAACAGUUUUACCAGCGAGGCGCAUACAUUCACUUCAUUGAUCGUUUUCCUUUAGUGUUCUCAAUUUGUAAUACUGUGUAUGUUGGCUUCAUUAAAGACCUAUAAUUAGACUGGCACUUAGUGGAGCGCAUACCUUCCGCCAAGGCGAAAAUACCCUAUCUCGCCAUGUUAAGGAAAGUGAUUUUUAAAAAAAAAAAAAAAAAAAAAGGGAAAAAAUAGAUUCCUGAAUCAGCCCCUUUAACUGGAGCCGCACCAAAAUUUAACAGGUUCUACCCUGGGUUCUUCCCUCAGCCCUGGGCUCUUCCCUUCCCUCAGGCUGAGUUUUCAUUAUGAAGACUGUGGCAAUGAUCAACGUGAGUCCACACAAUAUAUGCUGGUGUCCCAGAGCUAACACAUGCACAGUUUAUACUUAUAGAAGAAGUUCAGAACAUGGAAUAUCUAUUAAGGAUGUAGCUGAAAGUAAACUAAUCCUAAUGUUAGCUUCCUUUUGAGUACAGUAGGAAGAUGAGCAGUGGUUUACCAAAAUACACUCUGAUCAGUUGUUCCUUUUAGUCACGUUUUCCCUGCUGACUUCAAUAAACUGAAUUUGUGCGUGCAUGGCCUCAAGUCCAGAACCUCCUAAGCGCCUCAUGGACAAAUAACCCUCUUUUAGGUGUAGUGAAAGGACCAUGAGAGAAUGUAGCAUGACCACCAGAAACACCAUCGUAGGAGCACACCAUUAAAAGUCUGUUCUGGAGAGCCACUGAUAUCUCACCUCAAGAUGGUCUCUUUCAAAUGGCACUGUACCUAACUUGACCUUGCUGACCUUAACUGUACAGGAAAUGAUUUCCUUUAACCACAUACCUGUUUUGGAAGCUAGGAUUUUGAACUGAAAUAAAUGAUGAUGCACAUUA